CCCGCAGCCCCGGCGUCGGCCCCGCUGCGCCCUCCCCCGGGGGCCAUGGGGGCGCCCCCGGGCUACCGACCCUCGGCUUGGGUGCAUCUGCUCCACCAGCUGCCCCGCGCCGACUUCCAGCUCCGCCCGGUGCCCAGCGGUUUCGCGCCCCAAGAGCAAGAAUACCAGCAGGCCCUGUUGCUGGUGGCGGCCUUGGCGGGCCUGGGCUUGGGCCUGAGCCUCAUCUUCAUUGCUGUCUACCUCAUCCGCUUCUGCUGCUGCCGGCCUCCAGAGCCCCCGGGGUCCAAGAGCCCCCCGCCUGGGGGAGGCUGUGUCACAUGGAGCUGCAUUGCUGCCCUUCUCGUCGGCUGCGCCGGCAUUGGCAUCGGUUUCUAUGGCAACAGCGAGACCAGUGAUGGGGUGUCCCAGCUCAGCUCCGCGCUGCUGCAUGCCAACCACACGCUCAGCGCCAUUGACCACCUGGUGUUGGAAAUGGUGGAGAGGCUGGGCGAGGCUGUGAGGACAGAGUUGACCACUCUGGAGGAGGUGCUUACGCAGCGCACUGAGCUGGUGGCUGCCACCCGGGGGGCUCGGCGGCAGGCGGAGGCUGUGGCCCAGCAGCUACAGGGGCUGGCCUUCUGGCGGGGAGUGCCCCUAAGCCCCCUGCAAGUGGCCGAAGAUGUGUCCUUUGUGGAGGAGUACAGGUGGCUGGCCUACAUCCUCCUGCUGCUCCUGGAGCUCCUGGUCUGCCUCUUCACCCUCCUGGGCCUGGCAAAGCAGAGCAAGUGGCUGGUGAUCGUGAUGACAGUGAUGAGUCUCCUGGUUCUUGUCCUGAGCUGGGGCUCCAUGGGCCUGGAGGCAGCUACAGCCGUGGGCCUCAGUGACUUCUGCUCCAGUCCGGACACCUAUGUCCUGAACCUGACCCAGGAGGAGACUGGGCUCGGCUCAGACAUCCUGAACUAUUAUUUCCUCUGCAACCAGGCCGUCUCCAACCCCUUUCAACAGAGGCUGACUCUGUCCCAGCGAGCUCUGGCCAACAUCCACUCCCAGUUGCAGGGCCUGGAGCGAGAAGCUGUCCCCCAGUUUCCUUCUGCGCAGAAGCCUCUGCUGUCCUUGGAGGAGACGAUGAAUGUGACAGAGGGAAACUUCCACCAGUUAGUGGCACUGCUGCACUGUCGCGGCCUGCAUAAGGAUUAUGGUGCAGCCCUGCGGGGCUUGUGUGAAGACGCCCUGGAGGGCCUGCUCUUCCUGCUGCUCUUCUCUCUCCUGUCUGCCGGGGCCCUCGGCACCGCCCUCUGCAGCCUGCCCCGCGCCUGGGCCCUCUUCCCACCCAGUGACGACUACGAUGACACAGACGAUGACGACCCUUUCAACCCUCAGCAGGAAUCCAAGCGCUUUGUGCAGUGGCAGUCGUCUAUCUGAGCCCCUCCUCCAUGCCAGACUGCAGCCUACCCCCCACCUCCGGUGAGCUGCCAGAGCGACACCCCAGCUCCCAAAGCCGGCCUCUGCCCUCCUCUCCCUCACUCUGGGCACGGUGGUGGCCCUCCCACCUGCAUCUGGUGCCCUGUCUCUGCCUCUCUCUGCAGUUCCUUCCCUGGCUGCUGGAGAAGACCCCACUAACCCAGCCCAACUGGGCUCCCACCACUAACAACGCCGCUGGCCACGGACACCCCAAAUAGGACUGCUCCCCUGUCCUGCCCCCCUCUUUGUGUCCUAACCCUUGGGAGUAAGCUGAGGGGGCAGCCAGGGCCCCGGACUGGCCAGGGAGGGGCAGCCAGCCAGCCUCACACCCCCUCACCCCUGGCCGCCAGGCCCAUCCUUGAAGGGACACGAGUGCCCCCGCCCCUGCGGUGCCCCAGUGGGCUUAGGGCCCUUGAUCUCAACUUGUGGCACUAACUUGGGAAUGGGUUGGUUUGAAAUAAAAGGGAAGACUUUAUUUUACAA